CAUCCAUUCCAUCCAUACCCUAGAUCCUAAAUCCAAUUCAUUUCAAAACAAUGUACCCACAACUUGCAUUUUUGUUCUUCAUUCUCUUGUCUAAAACAACAAUGGGAGCCGAGUCUGAUCCGGUGGACGAUUUUUGCAUCCUCGACGAAAAUAGAGUGUGCAAGAAUCCUAGGUUAGUGACUCCCGAGGAUUUCAUUUUUCCGGGGAUCAAAUUCCCUGGAAAUUUCUCGGCAACGGGCUUUUCGUCCGUUGCCGUGAAUCCAUCCUCAUUUCCGGGGCUCAACACUUUGGGAAUGUCGUUCGUGCGCGCCGACUUCAGGCCCGGCGGGAUCAAUCCGCCGCACUCCCAUCCGAGGGCGACGGAGACCGUUUAUGUUGUCCGGGGGAAGGUUUACUCGGGGUUCGUUGAUUCGACGAAUCGCGUUUUUGCCGGGGUGAUAGAACAGGGCGAGGUGAUGGUGUUCCCUCGGGGGCUGGUGCACUUCCAGAUGAAUGUCGGAAAGUCGGAUGCCACGGUUUUCGGGUGCUUUAACAGUCAGAAUCCGGGGAUGCAGAAGAUUCCUAAUGUCUUGUUUGGCUCAGGAAUUAACGAUGAGCUGUUGGAGAAGGCUUUUGGAUUAAGCCUUAGACAGAUUUCUGUCAUGAGGAGAAGAUUUCUGCCUAAGAAGGGGUUUUAAAAUGUUUAUUUUUGGAGAGAUUCUUUGUUCGAUGUUUACGAUGUUGUUAGUAUAAUGGAACUCAUAAUUUGAAAAUCGAAGAGUGGUGCAAUAAUUUGUGGAAUGCAAUGUGUAUAUUUAAGGAGGCGGGUCGGGCAUCAAUGCUUUCAACUCUCGACAGUUGAAAAUCUGCUCGAGUGCAUUCGUAUAUGUGAUUUGCUCCUUAUUCAAACAC